GGUUAAUGUUCAAAUGUCAUUAGUUUGGUUUGUCAGUAAGGCAAUAUGUAUACAAAUUUUAGUUUUCAGUUUUAUUUGCUAAAAACUCAAAACUAUGUAGAUUCGUUUUAUGUUUAGUGAAACUUGCUGUCUCCUUGAUCUAUUCGGCGUCAAACACUAGCAUUCAAAUAAAUGGCGCUCGAGUAUCAAAACGCGUACAGGCAAAAACGUUCGGGGUCUGUGAGCUAUCGCCAAAAACUUGCCGUUUUAAAGCGGAUGAUCGUUGAGUAUGUUCACGAAAAUGCUGCUUUGGUGGACGAACUUGAAGAGGUCGAGGCCAAGAUAAUAAUGAGAAAGGAAGAGCGAAAGUUUCUGCUCAGGAAAUUGUGCGAAUAUGACUCAGUAGUGGCUCAAGAAGUGCAAAAUGCAGCGAAAGGGGGUGCACCAGCACCACUUGCUGUUAACGAUGUAAAAAAGUACAAGAAAAAGCCUUCAGAAUCCUCAACCUCCGAGCGACGGUCUUCUACUUCUAAACCUAGACGGCCGAGCGUGAAGAGCAAUAAAAAGAAAUACGUUCAACCAGUACCUGUCGAUUCGGGAGGUAGACCAGUGUUUCCCAUUGAUCUAGGAAGGUUAAUAAUACAUUCUUUGGGUGAAGUAGUGGUGGAUAGGUCACAGUUCCACUCAGAAGAAGCUAUUUUCCCAGUUGGAUAUGUAUCGACUAGGAUAUAUGGCAGUUUAAAAGACCCCACGAUCAAGUGCAUCUACACAUGCAAAAUAUCAGAAGAAAACGGCCUACCAAGCUUUGCCAUAGCUUGUGACGAAACUACGCCAGAAAUAACAGGGGACACUCCAGAUGUAUGCCAUUCCUUACUUUUGCAGCAAAUUAAUGAUGCCCUUUCAUUGAACGUUGUCAGUACGAGGCCCAGAGGAAAUGAAUUCUUCGGCCUAACUCAUCCCACAGUGCUACAUUUGCUCCAGAGUUGCACAGGAACGAGAAAAUGUAUCAACUACAAAUGGACACGGUUUGAAGUAUCCAAAACAGCGGAAACCAGCAAAGACUACAAUGACGCGGGGCUGAGUUUCGACUAUUUGCAGAGAAGUAUUAACAUGUGCAAGUAUAAAAUGGCACCUGAUGUACUACAAAAACCUAGUGAUUUUAUUGACAGUAUAUAGUGAGGAAUUGCUUUAGUUUUAUGGCAAUACGGCUAAUUUGUACAAUAUGAUGUGCACUUGAGAGCCAUUUAAUUUCCUAGAUUAGACGGUUAGAGUUGGGGAACUAUAGAAGCAUUGACUAUUGAGCUGGUUUCGGGUAGAUAUCAGCUAUCCUUAAUUUUCGUAUUUGCUUACUCAAAUGUCUGCAAUUCAUCUGUUUAUAAUUUUAUAUAUACAUUCACUUUAUGCGCGCUUUUUCUAGUUUAAUGUUCAUUUAAUUCAGGUGAAAACUGUUAAUAACCUUAGCAAAUUGCGCCUUUUGCAUUGCAUUAAGCAUAUGAAUACUAUUGACAUAAAGUAUACAAGAAGGACACGUUUUGGUGUUUUUAUAUCACGCAUAAAACAUAAUCCAUUAUACCUAAAAUGCGUUUUUUAUUGUAAAUGUAGAACAUAAGUUACUUGAAGACGAAAUGGCGAAUGCGACGAAUGGAUAGGAUUGUACGAGUAAAUAAACAUUGUUUGCUCCAUCUUUUAAA